AUGGCCCCGACAACCUUUCUCUCCUGCCCAGAAGAAAUUCUGCUCAUGAUCGCCAAGAAGCUGGACUUUGCAGAUCUUCGGAAAGUCUGCUUUGUCAAUAAGAGGCUACAGGCCGAAGCUCAGUCAUUGCUUUACUCCCACAUACAAUGGGCAUACAACAAAUCGCAAAGCCCUUCGAUCGCUCAGUUUUUGCGAACCUUGAUACGCCGGCCCGAUUUAGCUGAGUGCAUCGAAACAAUCCCUUUAGAGGGUGACGAUGGCUUUGGACAGCGCAGAGGGGUUUAUCGCGCGGAGAACAACAAGAAGCCACAUUCUACAAUCGAUAACAAUGUUGUCUUGGAAGGGAUGGUUGAGUAG